AUGGCGGGGGUGGUGCGGUUGUUCCGUUCGAUCUGGAUCAGCUGUGUACGGCCUGUGUUGGGUUUGUGUGCGAGUCCCCAGGAGCACACAGCUGUUGCUCCCAUGUAUGUUGACCUACAUGAUGGGGACCCCCCGAUGGGCCGUAACCUGAUCCCUGCUGCUCCGGGGAACAAUCGUCUGAACUACACGGUGCUGAUCGGGGAGACGCCCUGUGUGCUGACGCUGUCUGAGAGCCAGCUGCUGUGCGAGUGGCCAAACCUCACCGGACAGCACAAAGUCACGGGCCGUAACCUGAUCCCUGCUGCUCCGGGGAACAAUCGUCUGAACUACACGGUGCUGAGCGGGGAGACGCCCUGUGUGCUGACGCUGUCUGAGAGCCCAGCUGCUGUGCGAGUGGCCAAACUCACCGGACAGCACAAAGUCACGGUCAGUUACCCUGCUUAUCAGUGGACGUGCCUUUCGAACCCAUCACCACUGGUUAAGGACGGAGAAGUGCGGGGGUUAGAGCUGUAA